AUGUCUGGUGGAAAGCCCCGUGGCCUGAACGCCGCGCGCAAGCUGCGCAACAACCGCCGUGAGCAGCGGUGGGCCGAUCUUCAGUACAAGAAGCGUGCCCUCGGCACUGCCUACAAGUCCAGCCCUUUCGGUGGUUCCUCUCACGCCAAGGGCAUUGUCCUCGAGAAGGUCGGCGUCGAGGCCAAGCAGCCCAACUCUGCCAUUCGGAAGUGCGUUCGUGUCCAGCUUAUCAAGAACGGCAAGAAGGUCACGGCUUUCGUCCCCAACGACGGUUGCCUGAACUUCGUUGAUGAGAACGACGAGGUCCUCCUCGCUGGUUUCGGUCGUAAGGGCAAGGCCAAGGGUGAUAUUCCUGGUGUCCGCUUCAAGGUCGUCAAGGUCUCUGGUGUCGGUCUCCUUGCCCUGUGGAAGGAGAAGAAGGAGAAGCCUCGUUCUUAA